CUGAAACUAAUCUGGUUCAUAAGAAGUUGAUAAGAUAUUAGCUAUCUUUAACAAGUAUACCAAGUUCAAUACGUCUCAUCUAUCAUCUAUUGACUAUUGUUUUGUCUUGAGGCCAAUAGAUGGCAGGCUAUGCUUUUUAUUAGUUGAAAAGAAACUUGUACUUUAGCUAGACAGAAGAAAAAGGAUAAAACAUGAAACAAACGUGACGUAAUUGAGAGUUGCGACACCUUUGAAGUCCGAUAAUGUUCUCUCAUGGCAACGUUUGUAAAUACAAAUUUAAGCACGAUACAACAUUUUUUCACCAGUUGUGAGCUGCCCUAAAGAUUAUUUUUACAGGAUUUAUAUAUUGCAUCUGAAUGUUGGAAUGCAUAUCAUGAGACAACAGAAGAGCUUUCUUACUUCACUUUGAGACCAAAAAAUUGCUGGAAAGGAGCAAACCGAACUUCAAACAUGAAAUUUCUAAAUUUCAUUUGUUAUCAUUGUUUCAAUCGAAUUCAUCAGUCUUAUGUGUGACUUGUAAAUUCUACAGAAAAUAGGCGUGAAAUGACAAUAAAGAACUAAUAGCAUCUUACUAAUAGAUAAGAUAACGCUAUCAUCAGCAAUUCUUUUUCUUCUUCAAGAAAUUUCAUAUUUCUCUGAAGCAUGGUGGAGAGAGAAAUUUACCACAGGUCUUUCACUUUCGGGACUUGGAACGUACGAGGUUUAACAGAAAAAAAGCAAGAGACUUUUGCUGAAAUUGAAAGAGAAAACAAAGAUGUGGUUGUACUCACAGAAACUAAACUCAGAGGAUCUGGAAAAGAGGAAUAUCCAAACUAUAUCCAUGUUUACAGUGGUGUUAGAGUUGGUGCUGCCAGAGCCGGCGUCUCUGUUCUCGUCAAGAAAGAAUUUUCCUCUGGUAUGAGAUGGAAAGUAGUUAACGAACGAAUAAUCAGAGUUAGGCUUAAAGUAGGGGUGCAUAAAAUCGUGGUUCUCGGUGUUUAUUGGGUUGAUGAUUGUGCUAAGACUGAAGUUAAAGACAGAUUUCAAACUGCAUUGUGCAAGGUUUUGAAAAACAUAAAAAUUACAGACGAGAUUGUCAUUCUAGGGGACUUCAAUGCCUGGGUUGGUACAUCCAUCAGCAGCAGAGCAAUUGGAAGAUUCGGAGAGGAAAAAAUGAACAACAAUGGCAGGAGACUUAUUGAUGUUUGUGAAAUCUUUCAUUUGAAGAUUUUAAACACCUUUUUUGAUCACGAAGACAUGCAUAAAUACACUUGGUACGAUAAAAGGAGCAAUUCAAAGUCAAUAAUUGAUUAUUGCAUAGUCAGACAAGACACUAUUUUGAAAUUCGUGGAUGUUAUUGCUUGUAGAUGGCUGGAAUGUGGCACAGAUCACAUUUACUUAGAGGCGGUGGCAAUAUUUUCUUCGAUUCCGCCUCCAAAGUCAUCUUUGCGUAUGUAUAAUUCCUAUUUGUUAUUUAGUGAGACAAUUGAAGCCAAAUAUAAAGAACACCUUGAUAGACACAUAAUUUUAAAUAAGUAUAAGUCAACAGCGGAUUUGUAUCAGCACUUUAAGGAAGUGAUACAUUCUGCCGCUACUGAUGUCUUGGGAAUUGAUCCACUGGGUGAUAGGUCCGAGUUUUUGUGGGAUGAAGAACUUAGAAAAUUAAGGUGCAAAAGAAAGGAAUAUAAUAUAGGCAUAAAUUAUAUUUACCACCCUAAAUCAGAAGUAAAAAUAGAAGUUUGGAAAGGAAUUUGCAAAGCUAUUGAAAAAAUUCCAAAACAGUUUCAAAGGAACAAAGUGAUCUGCAAUAUCCUAAAAGAGUUUCAGAACCAGUCUGUUACAACUCUAACAGCAGAUAAAGAAUUUCUUGAAAUUUACUUUAAAAAUUAUUUUAAAGAGUGCCGCCCAGAAUUCAUUGGUGAUUUAGAAAGAUGCAUUGGACAAUCUGGUUUUUCCAUAUUUCCUGCAGAUAUCAUACAAGCUUUAAAUGAAUUCGAAGAUUUUGACGUGCCAUCACCUGGUGGUAUCAGUAUGCGUCUGCUAAAGCAUGGCAGCAAUAACUUAAAAAAGCUUUUGAAGGAUUUAAUUCAAGCAAUCUUUGAUGGCCAUACAAUACCAGAGGAAAUAAAUGAAAUGUUUUUCAUUUAUCAUUCCGGCGACGAGAAACUGUUGAAUCUUAUAAAUUGUUCAAAAUGUGUUUCUCACACUGUUAUGCAGGUCAUGAGUGCAAUUAUAAAAAACUUCAUCGAAAAAAGUAAUGCAUUUAAAGAAAAAUGCAAACUAAUUCAUGAAGAAUCAUGCUUGGAUGCAACUUUUGUUCUAAGAAUGUUGCUUCAGAAGUGUGCUGACAAGCAAAAUAAGCCCUUGCAUUUAGUUUUCAUCAAUUUAGAGGAAGCUUUUCUUGAUGUACCACGCAUAAAAAUGUUUAAUGAACUUCAAAAGCUAGGGAUUGAGGACUCUUUAGUGAAGAUAGUUAAGCAUUUAUACAAAGACAAUACUGUUCGCAUGAUCUUUUCAAACGAAAUUUCUAAACUUAGUUACCCAGUAUCUAAAGGGCUUAAGAAAAACUGUGCCUUAUCCCCAACAUUAUUUAAUGUUUACAUUCGAAGGGCAGUAAAAGAUUGGUUAAAAGAAAACGAUAAAAAGGGUUUCCCCGUAGACACCACAAAAAUGUUUUCGUUUCUUUCGGAACAAACGAAUUUAGUUGUUCUUUCCGAUAGUCUGAAGCACUUAGGUUCCGCGAUAGAGAGCCUACUGAAACAUUUAGGAAAACUAAAUUUGCAAAUCAGUUUCAAAAAUAUCAAAUAUUUAGGGAUAACUGAAGAUGAUGAACGUGAACUGAUGAUCGGCAAGAGAGGCAUAGUCAGUGAAGACUGUUUUGAAUUCCUUGGAUCGGUAUUAGAAGUUGGUGGCAGAAACGAUAUCGAUAUUAACAAUCGAAUUAUAAGUACGAAGAAUGCAAUUGGCGUAUUGCACUCCGUUGCUCGUGACAAACGAAUUGACAAGGAUUGCAAGAAAAGGAUAUACCAUGCUAUCAUUAAUAACAGCUUGACCUUUAGUUGUGAGACGUGGACAAUGACUGAGAAGUUUAUGUCACGUCUUCUUCGAGUUGAAAUGUCUUAUUGGAGGUGGUGUUGCGAAAAUUAUCCCCAGCAUUUCAAAAAUGAUAUCGUACUUGAAAUAAUGGAGGUUGAUGAAGUUGUUGAUGAGGCAGUGAAGCUGAAGAGGUCAGCUUGGUUUGCAAAAGUCAAAAUGACCAAUGAUAAUAGAUGGUCAAAAUGUGUUCUGGAAUGGAACAUUGAUGGUAAAUCCAAACCUGGAAGACGGAAGCGUUGGAUUGAAGGAAUUGAGGAUUUCAUAAAUGAAUUGAGCUUGCGACAAGGGUUUGUUAUUAAAAAUAAGCAUUUAGAAAAUAUAGUUGCUCUAAAUCGUGAAUCACAUGAAGAUUCUUAAUAUUAAAACAUAAACUAAAAAUUACUCAUGCUUUAAUGUGAGUUUAUGCUACGUCAUAUUUUUGUUGUUGCUGUUAUUCGUAAUUAUUUUAUAUUAUGUUUUUAUCAUAUCAUUUAUUUAUUAUAAUGUUGUUCUUACAUCACUGAUUUGUAAUUAUAUGAUGUUAUGUUCUUAUGCUUGUAAUGCAUUACUAAUUUGUUAUUUUAUGAAUUCAUAAUUUUUACAUGUAAUAUCAUUGAUUAAUGGGCGUAAAUUUUAAUCUGUUUCCUAAGUUACAAAUUUAUUUUCUCACCUUGAUCAUUUGUUUUGUCAAUUAGGUGGGUCAAUUGUAGAAUUUAAUUUUCUAAUGUAUUCUCAUUUCGAUUUGAUUAUUAAUUUACAACUUUUUGAUUUCAUAGAUGAAAAUUAUUUAAAUAUUAAAAAUUUAUUAAAUAAAUAUAAAUGGUGUUGAUACCUAAUUGACACUCCUGCUACAAAGAAUAUUUUAGAUAUUUUAUAAGAAUAUGAUCUUUAAUCUGAAACAAAAUGGUCUUUAAUAUAGUGACACCAUUUCUAAAGAAGCAUUAUAAGAAUUAUUACAAUGAUAAUUUUCUAGUCUUAAUUGAACUCUAACUAGUUCCGAUUAAAACUAGUCCGAUUUAAAAAAAAUUGUCACAGAUGCCUGUCCAGCUCACUAAAGGUAAUUGUUUUGUUACCUCUAGUCUAUCGGAUCUUUUUAUACUGGAUCUGUUUAUUUGUUUGUUAAAGAUAAUCUGUUAUCAACAGAUUAUCCAGUUUUAUUUUAACAUCUAAGGCUCUCUCUUCACGUAACUAUAUACAGGAAAAUGCUGUUUGCAUAUACGCGCUUUUUAUUUAGACUAUGGCGUCACCUGUUGAUACAUUGAUGAGUUAGAAGAAAAAAAAAAGGGAAUUAAAAAGUUUCAGAAAACCACCAAUUUCGAAUAAAAUAUGUUGUGGUCGUUCAUGCUAAAAAUAGCAUUGCUUAAGAGAACAUCGAAAGUAAAGGUAUUUCGUGAUACAUAUUUGUUUUUCCCCUCCAAUUAAAGAUUGUUUUGUUUAGAUAUGAAGUGAAAAAUCGCUCGCAAACGAAGGCGUAUAUGCGGCGUUAUGUUCUCAGCAUUUAUAUCAGAAGGUUUCUUUUCGACGACUUUCUAAGACUUAGCAAUUCACUUUUUGCCUUUUUCUCACAUUCCUAGUGUGAUAGAAAUAAUAACUGCUCAGUUUCAGAAUUUGUGGCUCGUUAGGUAGCACAUACAUCAACUUAAAUAUAUCUAGUCAAUUUUACGACCACUGAGCUGUUAGCAAAUAAAAAAAAAGGAUUUAGAGAGUUAAAAGCUGCACCUUGUGCUAUGUAAAAUGAGUAGAAAAUAUUCUAGCAGAAAACUUUCUGUGAGGCUGUUCCUUCGAUUAUUACUAAGACAUAGGUAUACUUGUAUAACUUAACGAGCUUCAUUGUGAUACAUUACUAUGAGAGUGAUAUAAGCAGCAAAACAUUUAUAAACACUGGCCUCAUUACUAUUCUUCUCAGCAAUAUAUCUAUGGAGAAUAAUCUAAAAAAACUAGAAUAUAACUGAUGUAUACUCAUAUUUAUUGAAAUCACUAUAUGCUUUUCGGUAUAGACUGUAAUAGUUUUCAAAAUGUGCUGAGAGGGUAAGAGGUAUUACAAAUUUUUUUUAAAGCUUAGAAUAUUAAAAUAUCAAUAGAAGGGAAACAUAAUUUGCCAUGAAGAGUGAUUUCAAGAAACCCUUGAGUAAGGCAUGAAGUUUUAAAUGAUGAAACAAAGUUCAAAAUAUCAAAAUGCAACCAAAUUAUUGUAGGAUUACUACCACACUACGUAAUCCUAAGUAAUUCUAGUAUACUUUGUUCGCAUUUUGAUGUGAAGAAUUUUCAGCAUUCGAAACUUCAUGGUUACUGCUUCUGUGUUACUACUUUUUUUGUGCUUUCAAAUUUAAAUUAUUUAUGUAGAUAAAGGAGAAUUUGCUAUUAACCUUUUUAGUCACACCAAGACAUAUAUGUCCCACAGACGAAAACACCACUGGGACAUAUGUUUCCCAUCUAAAAAACCUGGUUUGUCACAUAUGUCUCAGCUCCCAUCCGCCAAUGGCUAAAUUGUUGAUUUUUUAUUUCAUUUUGGCGGGAUAUUGUUUUUUUUGUGUGCCUUAAUUGAUCCUUUUGCCUUAUUGAUCGUAUUUUGUUUUUGAUUUUCUUGGAAAAAAAAAUCUGGUCUUGAAAGGGUUAAGGAUUGUUUCUGCAAUAUAGCAUCCUCUUAAAAUUACUACAUUGAGGUGUUUAAUAAUAGAGCUAGUAAUAUUGCAUAGUUGAAGAUUAAUAGUUUUAUGUGCCAUAUAUUACUUAUACAAGUUAUAUAAAUAACAUAUACGUUUAAAUCUAUAUAACUUAUGCAAUUCAUCAAGCAUGUUGAAAUGGCCUAACCUUUCACUUCGCUCGUUCCUUGUAAUUUUAGAGACCUAAAAUGUAACAUAAAAAUACCUCUAAAAGCAUUACAAUUCUAUAUUUGGUAAAACAUAAUUCGGAAGGAAAAGUUUUAUCCAUAUUUUAGUACCUAAAAUUAAUAAAUUAUGUUGAUGUAAGGAAAACUUAUCUUUCGUUGAAUUAAACAUUUAAUUCCUAUCUCUAAAAUAAGGCAAAUAAUGUCCCAAAAUAAAUAAUUUAUGAAAUAAUAAUUUCAGUACAGAAAUGUAAAUUUUAUUUGAUAAUGAAUGAAACAGAACAUUUUUCACAGUAAUAUAUAUUUAAAAUAUAAACUAUACAUUUAAAUUAAUAGUUUAAUGAUCCAUUUAUGUUUUAAGAAAAUUAUAUUACGCAAAUUCUAAACAAACAUGCCUUUAAAUUCCAGUUUUUAGCUUCAAAGAAAAAAGCUUUUUUUUGUUUAUUUUUAGAAGGGAAUAGUACGUUUAUAUUAUUUAGAGUAAAAGUAAAGUUUUAUGUAAUUAAAUUGUUUUUAUUUAAUUACUAAUUCAGAGUUUUUGUAUAUUUUCUGAAACCUGCUGACAAUGGGAUACAUUAACACAUGUUUUUACCUAAUUUAUUUUACAGGAUUUAUAAUUAUUCUUAAUUUAUUAAAUUCGGAUUUCUGAUCUUAUUUAUCUUUUCAUAGUAUGUACGAAAUGAAAUUUUAAUUUUUGUUGAGUUAUUUUUCAUUUUGAGAAUUAUUAUUAGUUGUUUGUUAUUAUAAAAAAAGAUAGUUAGUGUUUCUUGGUAUUUUAGUAUCGUUAGCAUUUCCUUGUUAGUAUAAAAUUAAUUUCAAUGCAAAUUCCUAAUUUUUUCUCAUAAAUGCUGCAUAGAUUGUUUUAUGCAAGUGAUAGAGCUUAUAAGUUAGGGAAUAAAAAAGAAAGAUUUGGUGUUUGGUGCACGCAAUGAAAUGCUUCUUGCCAACUUUUGCAUAGUCUUUUUUGCACAGUGUGUGAUCCUACGAUGCAAUAUUUAUUGUAUGACUUCCUAUUUUAAUUAUACGUAGUAAUAAAUUAGUUGGUUUAAAGUAUUUUUGAGUUUUUUUAAACAUUUCCUUACUUGUAUAAAAUUAACUUCAUAGCAUAAUUUUCAAUUUUUUUAAUAAGUGCUGCAUAAAUUGUUUUAUGUAAGUGAUAAAGCUUAUACGUUAGGAAAGAAAAUGAUAUGAUAUUUAGUCUAUGCAACAGAAUGCUUCUUGCCAACUAUUGCAUAAUUACUUUUGUAUUGUAUGUGAUGCAUUAAUGCAAAAUUCGGUGUAUGAUUUUCAAUUUAAAAUAUAUUAUUAAAUUAGUUGUUUGUAAAUGCAAUAAAAAUAUAAUUUAAUGUA